AAUUCAGUCUAGUCAUCACGUUCAGCGGAACACAACGCGUUCUUGAACCCUAGAUUUUUUUUAUUAUUUCUAACUUGUACUCUCGUCAUCGCGCAUUAACGACUACGUACCACUAAAUUGUAUUUAACCAAAAGUUACCAUUAAUUGACCCCUAAUGAAUAUCGAAUUUAGAAAGAAGCAUCACUUGAAAAUAAAUAUUUCUCAAAUAAAAAAAAGAAAAAUCAGCAACUAACUGUUCGUUCCUAAGCAUUUUGCUAUUAAUUGAUUGUGUUGUUUUAGUUAGCUGGGCGAUCCGAUUGUGUAUUUCUAUUAUUCGUUUGUUAUUUGGAGACAAAAAUACGGUGUACAUUGUUUGAUUUGAAUAGAACGUAUUCAUUUCUUAAGCGUACAUCAUGGGGCAAGAACCUACAUCGAAAACAAAGAAAAAACCCAAAGUGGUGCAAAGAAGUGUAGGAUUUUUUGAACUUUUCUGUUUCGCUACAAAAUGGGAAUAUUUUCUAUUGGCGCUGGCCUUUGUGGCGGCCUUCCUGAAGUCCUUGGUAUUUCCCAUCAUCAUCGUGGUGUACAGUGAAUUGGUGUCUAUGUUUGUGGAUCGCAGUCUGUGUCUACCAACAACUACCACGUAUACAUUACCCCUGUUUGGAGGCGGCAAAAUAUUAAUCAAUGGUACUUUUGAAGAAAAUAUGCAAGAAUUGAAAAAUGACUCCAAGGCAUUUGGCAUUAUUUGCGCCCUCGACUCGUUGCUUAUGUUCGUAACUGGCAUUAUUUAUGUCGAUCUUUACAAUCAUGUGGCGCUCAAUUUAGUUGUACGUAUGAGACGAAAAUUUUUCGAAUCAACCAUACGUCAAGAUAUUGGUUGGCAUGAUAUGACGCAAAAUCAAAACUUUGCUGUGCGCAUAACAGACAAUAUGGAAAAGAUUCGUAAUGGCAUUGCGGAAAAUAUUGGCCACUUUGUAAUGAUGUUUUUUGAUAUCGUUAUCAGUAUUAUAAUAUCAUUUGUGUAUGGUUGGCGUUUAACAUUAGCUAUUUGUGUUUAUAUUCCGAUAACAAUGGUCAUUAAUUAUAUAGUGUCUAAGUAUCAAAGUGAACUGACAGCUCGAGAACAGAAUGCUUAUGCCAAGGCUGGAUCCAUAGUGGAAGAGGUAAUCAGCUCCAUACGUACGGUGGUGGCAUUUGGUGGUGAAAAGUCUGAACGUGAAAGAUACGACGAGCUAUUGGUGCCAGCCUGUAAAUCAGGCAAAUCCAAGGGCAUAUUUUUAAGUUUGGGAGAUUCAGUAUUAAAAUCUAUGUUAUUCAUAUCAAGUGCUGCAGCCUUCUGGUAUGGAGCUCAUUUAAUUCUAGAUGAUCGUUAUAAAAAUCCAGAGGAUAAAGAAUAUACCCCAGCUAUACUUAUGAUUGUAAUUUGCGGCAUUUUAGUGGGAGCUGAUCAUAUUGCCCGAACUUCACCUUUCCUGGAGGCUUUUGCCUCUGCUCGCGGUUCAGCUUUGGCAAUAUUCGAGGUUUUAGAAACAGAAUCGAAAAUUGAUCCUCUCUCAAAAGAGGGCAAAAUGAAAAAUAUUGGUCUUAAAUGUAAUAUUGAAUUUCAAGAUGUAUUCUUUUCAUAUCCCUCUCGUGAAGAUUCUAUUGUUUUGCGAGGUAUUAAUAUCAAAAUCAAUGAAGGGGAAACGGUUGCCUUGGUAGGUUAUUCGGGUUCGGGUAAAUCUACAUGUAUACAGCUGCUGCAGAGAUUUUAUGAUCCCAUCUUUGGUAAAAUAAUGCUGGACGAGGAAGAUAUUCGUAAAUACAAUGUGAACUGGUUGAGAUCGAAUAUGGCGGUAGUAGGUCAAGAGCCAGUGCUGUUCUUUGGAACAAUAGAGGAAAAUAUCCGACAUGGCAAAAUGGAUGCUACUCAAAAGGAAGUGGAAGAGGCUGCCAAGGCAGGUGGAGCCCACGACUUUAUUAUAGGUCUACCCGAGGGUUACAACACCUUAAUCAGUGAGAAGGGUGUGCAGCUGUCUGGUGGCCAACGUCAACGUAUCGCCAUUGCUCGUGCCUUAAUACAAAAUCCCAAAAUUUUACUGCUAGAUGAGGCUACCUCAGCUUUGGAUUAUCACUCUGAAAAGCUAGUUCAAGCUGCCCUAGAUAGAGCCAGUAAAGGACGCACCACUUUAGUGGUUUCCCAUAGAUUAUCAGCUAUUUGUCAUGCCGAUCGUAUUAUUUUCAUAGACAAAGGCAAGGUGGUGGAGGAGGGUAACCACGAGAGUCUAAUGAAAGAAAAGGGACGUUAUCACGAUAUGGUAACGGCCCACGAAUACGAGGGACUACUCGAUAGUGUGAAUGAAAACGAUGGUGACAAUAAUAAUUCCUCCUUGGAAUUGGUGGAAAAAGAAAAGGAUGUUACGAGUGAGAAAAUUCUCUUAAAUGGUUUGAUACAUGGUCCCCGCUUUUCGGAGGCAUCACUGGAUAAAAAUAUUCUUCAGGCUUUUGCCGGACGUGCUGUAACGGAUCCCUCCGAAAAGGAUCUAGCUAUGGAAACCCAAAACACUCAGUAUAUGAAAACAUUUUUACGUGUUUUGCAAUGGGCUAGACCCGAGUGGUGUUUCUUGAUUAUUGCUACAAUUUGUGCUUUAUUGUAUGGCUGUGCUCAGCCCGCCUUUGCUUUUGUAUUCGCUGAUCUAUUUGGUUCUUUGAAUGAUGAGGAUCCAGAGGUGGUCUUAAGUAAUACGGGAAGAUCGGCUAUUAUAGCCGUAGUUGUGGGUAUUAUAGCUGGUAUAACAUGUUUGACCCAGACAUACUUCUUUAAUUUAGCUGGUGUUUGGUUGACCACUAGAAUGAGAUCCAUCACGUUUAGCAAAAUUUUAAGCCAGGAUAUGGGUUGGUUUGAUCUUAAGGAAAAUAGUGUGGGUGGUCUUUCGGCUCGUUUAGCUGGUGAUGCUUCAGGGGUUCAGGGUGCCAUAGGUUUUCCAUUAAGCAACAUAUUACAGGCUUUCUCCAACUUUGUAUGCAGUUUUUCCAUAGCCUUUUCUUAUUCCUGGGAAUUGGCCUUGAUCUGUUUGACCACAGCUCCAUUUAUGAUAGCUUCGGUUAUUUUCGAAGCCAAAUAUACCAACAAAAGUGCCAUUAAAGAAAAGGAAAUUUUGGAGGAGACCAGUCGCAUUGCUACCGAAACUAUAGCCCAAAUACGCACAGUAGCUGCUUUGCGCCGUGAAGAAGAUCUCAUUAAAAUCUAUGACAAUGAAGUGGAGAGAUACCGCAGUGAGAUCAAGAUAAAAUUAAGAUAUCGAGGUGUGGUCAAUUCUCUGGGCAUGUCUAUUAUGUUUUUGGGUUAUGCCAUUACUUUGACCUAUGGUGGUUAUAUGUGUGCCGAUGGUAGAAUUAAAUUUGAAAAUAUCAUGAAAAUUUCAAAUUCCAUGUUAUAUGGUUUGUUCAUUUUGGCCCAGUCUUUGGCAUUUACACCCAUGUUUAAUGCUGCCUUGGUCUCAGCUGAUCGCAUGUUUUCGAUAAUUGAUCGUGAGCCGAAAAUUAAAUCACCUGACAUCAAUGCUUCGAAGAAAUAUUCUUUGGUGCCAGGCAAAACAAAUGCCAUACAGGGUGUCAGCUUUAGAGAUAUAGAUUUCCAUUAUCCCACCCGCAGGGACCAAAAAGUUUUAAAAGGUUUCAACCUGGAAGUAUUACAGGGUAAAACAGUGGCUUUAGUGGGAGCUUCUGGUUCUGGCAAAUCCACCUGUGUUCAGUUAUUGUUGAGAUAUUAUGAUCCGGAUACGGGAACUAUACUCAUCGAUCAAGAAGACAUACAUCAUGACAUGACUUUAACAGGUUUGCGUAAGCGCAUAGGUAUUGUGUCUCAGGAACCUUCCUUAUUCGAAAAGACCAUUGCUGAAAAUAUAGCCUAUGGCGAUACCUCACGCACAGUACCCAUGAAUGAAGUCAUAGCUGCUGCCAAAAUGGCAAAUGCCCAUGACUUUAUCUCCGCCUUGCCGUCUGGCUAUGAAACCUGUUUGGGUGCCCGUGGUACACAAUUAUCGGGUGGCCAAAAACAACGUAUUGCCAUAGCUAGAGCCUUAGUUAGAAAUCCCAAAAUCCUACUCUUAGAUGAAGCCACCUCAGCCUUGGACUUGCAGAGUGAGCGUAUAGUUCAGACAGCUUUGGACGAAGCUUGUUCGGGUCGUACGUGUCUGGUGAUUGCUCAUCGUUUGGCCACCGUUCAAAAUGCCGAUGUGAUAUGUGUCAUACAGGGUGGUCGCAUUAUAGAGCAGGGCAAUCAUCCUCAGUUGUUGGCCAAGAAUGGUAUUUACGCCAAACUGUAUCUCAGUCAACCGAACACACAUUAGUAGUUGCAAAUAGUUAUAUAGAAAUUGUUGUCACAAAAUUAUAUUAAUUUUACUACAUAUAGUUAGUAUAUAUUUAGUAUAGUUAUAAUUAUAUACUUUGGUUAUGAAAGUGAUUUUUGAAUAUUUAUGUACUCUUAUGUAUAUCUAUAUAUAUGAUUUAUGUUUAGUGAAGUCUUUUUUAAUUUACAGAAAAUAAAAUGAAAAAUAUUUCUACAAAAUUAA